AUGGCGGAGGUUGUCGAUUGUUUAGAAGCUUCCGAUCAUCACCAUCGCACAGUACUCAGGACUCCAAUUGGUAUUGUUAUUCCAGGGCUCAUUAGUGAUUGUACAGCUGCAGAUUGGCAAAGGAAGGAUGGAAUAUUGUUGGGAGCAAUCACCGUGGAGAAACUUGAGGUUUUGAGAGCUUUUCUUCCAAAGCAUGAACUGGUGAAGAAAGUCAAUAGUUUCACCGAUCUUCAAGCUUCUUCUCCUCGACCAUUAUCCAACAAAGAAUUCAAUUUUCCAAGGAAAGUGAUUGUGAUGGAUAGUGAAACUAUAGCUGAACAGAUCCCUUUAUUGGAAGGAGAGACUGACAAUUACGAUGGUGUUACUGUAACCAUGAAGGACCCCAUGGAUGCUCAGGUUUUCACCGAUAGCCUAAAGGCUUCCCUUUCCCAUUGGAAAGAGCAGGGGAAGAAGGGAAUAUGGAUAAAGCUGCCUCUUAACUGUGCUAAUCUUGUAGAGGCUGCAGUUAGUGAAGGGUUUAGGUAUCACCACGCGGAGCCUGAUUACUUGAUGCUUGUAACUUGGAUCUCUCAGACUCCUGAUACAAUCCCAGCCAAUGCUUCUCAUAUCGUUGGCAUCGGUGCUUUGGUCUUCAACAACACGACUGGAGAGGUCCUCGUUGUCCAGGAAAGGACUGGUUAUUUCAAAGAUAAAAAUGUGUGGAAGCUACCUACCGGUGUUGUCGACGAGGGCAUAGUACGUGAAGGUGACAGGAUAAGACAGGAUUAUACAUUUCAUAAGGUAUGA